AUGGCUUCACUUCACCUCUCUCUUGGCCCAAUUCCCGGACAUCGUCCACCGAAGUUCCGGUCCAAAUUCCGGUCGGCUCGAUGCGCCGGUGACCGUCAGGCGCUAUUUAAUCGCAUUGCUCCGGUCUAUGACAACAUGGAUGUAUAUAUUCGCAACGUGUACAAAUAUGUAUUUGUUUUGCAUAGACCGAAGGAGGGAGACUCUGUGUUGGAUGUGUGCUGUGGAAGUGGGGAUUUGGCCUUUCUAUUGUCUGAGGGAGUUGGGACAAAUGGAAAGGUUGUUGGUCUUGAUUUCUCAAAAGAGCAAUUAAUGGUUGCUUCAUCUAGGCAGCACUUGCGCUUAAUGUCCUGCUACAAGAAUAUUGAGUGGGUCGAAGGUGCUGCACUUGAUAUAGCAUUUUCUGACUGUUACUUUGAUGCCAUUACCAUUGGCUAUGGGUUACGGAAUGUGGUAGAUAUUCAUAAAGCGAUGGCAGAGAUGAAUCGAGUUCUAAAACCGGCUUCAAAAGCAUCAGUCCUUGACUUUAACAAAAACAUGAAUCCGUUUGGUACUUCAUUUGAGGAAUGGAUGAUUCACAACAUUGUUGUUCCUGUGGCAAGUGGGUGCGGCCUAACAACUGAGUACAAAUAUUUGAAAAGUUCAAUUCAGGAAUUUUUAACAGGAAAGGAGUUAGAGAAGCUAGCUUUGCAGACAGGGUUUUCUACUGCCACACAUUUCGAGAUUGGUGGUGGACUCAUGGGGAACUUGAUGGCCACACGGUAG